GCAGUGUUAAGCAACAGUGAACAAAAAGUGCUGCGAGUUGCAAGUCGUGCGUGCGUGCGGAGAUAUGAAAAUUAUUUUAAGAGCCACGAAAACUAACCAAUUAAUUUAAUAGAUAGAAGAAAAAGAGGGGCAACAACAAUUCCGUGCCGCGUUCUUACACAUUUCAAUCAUUAACAAAGUUGUCGCCGUGCAUGUGGGUGAAUAUCAUUUUCCUUCGUUCAAUAUGCUGCAACGCGACGCGCAAAUCAACGCUUAAACUGUGCGAAGAGAGAGCGAAAAAGCAAAAGCAACCAACAAAAAAGUGCAUACAGGAGUGGCUGCUGCGCGAGCAUAAAAAAAUUGAAAUUGCCAAAUCAAAGCAAGCAUACACACAUACAAACGUACAUAAAUAUACAAACGCAUAAAAGAUCAUUCGAAAAAUCGGUAACGAACGAAAUAAUAAUUAAAUCAAAUGUACGAAGAAAAUUCAAACAACGCCCAAAACAACAACAAAAAAAACGAAGAAAAAUUAACAGAAACAGCAGCAGCAGCAACAACAACGAUAUCUACAAAAUAGCAACAACAACUACGCUGUUACACAUUCCAGUGGAAAGUAAAGGGGAAACAGGAACAUGUUUUUGACCAGCAUAAAACAGCAGCAUCAAAUUGUGAGCGAGCACAUUUUUCUGUGAAAAACGAACGCCCGAAAGAAAAGCGCUGCCCACACACAUACAUAAACAUAUACAUACACACACGCAAUACGCAGGCAAAUAAACGCACGCAUACAAGCACGCAAAGCGUUCACACAUAUACACAAACUCGCACACACACACAUACACAAUGUCCAGCUGGGCUGAACGCGUGCAUCGACGCGCCGCCGAUUUGGGCAAUGUUGUCACCUCCUGCGGCCAUCCAGCGACAGCACCUGGAUAUCCAUAUCGCCUGGAAAAGGUCAAGUUUGGUGUGCCGCUGGAGGAGGUGUGCAAGCACAACAACAACAUUCCGGGACCGCUGCUCGUGCUCAUACUCAAACUGAAUAAGGAAUCGCCCAAUCGUCGCGAUGUUUUUCGUGCUCCUGGCCAUCAGGCAUCGAUGAAGAAGCUCAUCCAUUUCCUGCAGGCGGGACGGCUGGUGAACGUCGAUAAGUAUUCGGUAUUCACCAUUGCGAGUGUGCUGAAAAAGUUUCUGCGCAAGAUACCCAAUGGAAUCUUUGGACGCAACGGCGAAAUGGAAUUGUUUGCCAUCAAUGAGCUGCAAAACGAAGCCGAGCAAACGGAUCGUUUACACAGAUUGUUUGCAUCACUGCCCAAGUAUACGCAACAUCUUUUAGUUUUAUUAUUUGGCACAUUCCGCGUCAUCGCCAGCAAUGCCGCCAACGCCUCCACGGGCAUGACCAGCGAGGCUCUCGGCGUCUCGGUGGCCCCCAGUUUCUUUCAAUCGUGCGUUAGCGAUGGCAAAACCGCACGCAUGGAGGAUGUGCUCAAGUUUAAGGUGGCUACCAAGAUCAUGCAACACAUUAUCGAUAAGUUUGCCACACACGAUAUCUUUGGACGCGAAAAUUACGAGUACUAUGCACGCGUCACAGGACGCAUUCUCAAGGUGCAGGACGAAUGGAUCUGCAGCUUCCAAUAUCCGCCACCGCCACGCGGCAAAUUGGCGCAACAGAAAUAUGCAUUGCAACAUUCUUUGGAGGCGGAAAAGACUUGGUUGCAGUGUCAAUGCGAGCGUUGGGGAUUACUGGCCCAGGAGGAAUCACGCUCGACACCUGCACUCCUGACCAGCUCCAGUUCGGCGCUGGAGAACAGCGUUCUCUCGCUGGGCGUGUCGCCGGAGCACUCAUUCAUCGAGAGCUGCGCUCGGCUCUCGGUGUCACUGGAGGGACCCGGCAUCUUUGCCAUGACCAGCUCUCCGCUGCCGGCCAAGCGCAAUGGCAAUGGGAACGGCAACAACGGCAAUGGCACCGACUACGAUUACGAUGAUUAUGCCGACGAUGAUGAGGAUAACGAUGAGUUGGCCCACGACUUUGCAGCCGAACUCGAGCUGAGCAGCAUUGCUCCAGCGAUGCCAGGCCAAUUGCAACAUCAUCAGCAGCAGCAGCAGAUGCAGCAGCUGCGUGGCAUGCAACGCUUCAGGCAGCGUCAGGCGCAACCGUUGAUGAGCACAACGAACAACUCGCAGGACGACGAUGACGACGAGGAUGAUGAUGAGGACGACGAGUUGACCACGGUGAAGCGUCGCUAUCGUCAGAACAAAAAGAAACCGCUGGCCAGCAGCCAUCAUCAGCGACGUUUGCGCGCUGGCACCAAGAGUCUCGACGGCGGUGGCUGCGAGCGACGUGGCAGCAACACCACAGCAGUGGCAACUGUUGUCGCUCCAGUUCAGGCCACAACGCCAACAACAACCACAGCAACUGUCACUCUGGCCAGCAGCAACGGAGGCAAACUGAAGCAGCAGCAACGCACCUGCAGUCGCUGCAAUCGCGGCAUACGCCACAGCAGCUCGUGCAGCUCGAAUUCUGGAGGAGCUGUUGGCUCCAAUGGCGGUGCAGCGGGCAACAAUGGAGGCGGAGGCAGCGCCGGUGGCAUGACCAUGGAGGAGCUGCGUGCCGUCAAUCGCUAUGCGGAGAGCACCAAGAGUCUCUCGUAUUUGCCACAGGUUCAUGAACGACAAACCGCACGAAUGCGCACCAGGUCCGAAUGGUUCCUGGGGCCAAGGGAUGCGGUUGUCUCGCUCCAGCUGCCGGCGGACACUUGCAGCAACUGCUGCCUAGCCGCAGCAGCCGCCGCCGCAGCUGGCUACUUGGGCGGCGGCAGCACACGCGACAUGCGGCAAACGGUUGCCGGCGGAGCAGCUGCUGCUUUGGAGGCGGAGCGUAGCCAAGCGGCGUUGCUCUAUCACUUUUAUCGGCGGCAGCAGCGUGAGCUGGACCAGGAGGAUAUGAUGGACACCGAGGAUAGCUACAGCUACGGUCGUCAGCAACAGGAGCAGCAUCAACAGUUGGAGCAACAGCAGCAGCAGCAGCAACACAUACAUUCCAAGGGUCUGCUGAAGCCGCCGCAGCAGCAGCUACAGCGUCGUCUGCUGUUGGACGUUAAUUCGGUUGGCAACAUCCGUUUGAGUAACAGCGCCGAGUCCAUACAAUAUGCAUCGCGUCGUCCCAACAUCAGUCUCGGCGGCAAUCCCAACAGCGGUGGCAACAACAGCAGCAUCAUCAAUCCCAGCAGCAACACUCGCCGGCUGCUCAUCAAUGUGCCGCGUCAGUAUCCGUUGCGUUCGUCGCUGCGUCGCCAUAAGGAGAAACAGAUUGGUGGCAGCCAGAGCAACAGCAGCAAUAGCAUCAGCAACGAGCAACUCACCGGCAAUGUGGCCGGUGGCACAGCGGCAACCGUUGCUGCUGCGCCAUUGAAUAAGCCACUGUUGCUGGUGGGUAUGUUGCCGGGCGCUGAGCAGCCGCCGUCGGUGCGCAACUCGAUAGCCGAUUGUGGCAGCAUUGACUAUGACAAGAUGGACACCAUGGAGCAUCAGCUGAGUGUGGAGUGCAACACAACACAACACAGCUUCAAGCCGCCGCGUCUGUAACAGUAGCAGUCGCAGGUGCAACAGCUGGAGGCAAUAAGCGACGCAGGCUCAAAUAAGCAACACAUUUCAUCAACCACAACAACCACAACAGAUUUAACUAAUUAACACAAACACACACACACACGGAACACUCAUCUACUAUAUCCUAGUAUAUAGCAUAUGUAUUUGUAUUUAUGUGUAUAGCAAGAAAAGGCUGAUUUUCUUUAGUUUAAAAAAAAUGAUACAACAAAAUUAACGGAUAAUAUGUCGAAUAUUGAUAUUGCAACAAAUUGCCAAAUUUUAUUUGAACUGAAAUUCUAUGCAUUCAUUUGUUGUACAAUUCAUACGAGCGUUUUGUUUCCCUCCCAUUCAUUUUUUUUGUAUUUAUCUUUUUAAAGCCAAGAAUCUCUUGUUAUAUUUUUUAACUCAAAAUUUCACUCGAAAACAUUGUCAAAAAGGAAAUAAACGUAGGCUAAGUGUGAAUUUUCUUUUUCGAAACUUUUGACCUGAACAACGACACACUGCAAAUUGUACAUGUACUAUAGUACUAUUAUACUAUAUAGAAAUAUAACAGUUGUAUAACAGAUUACCAAGACUCGCCCAGCAAUCAAAAUGAACAGUUCAACAUUUGUAAGAGAAAAAAACGUAACUCAAACUCAAUAUUAUUAUUAUACUUAUUAAUAUUAUAUACGUAAUAGUACAAAAAACAAGAUUAAAAAAAUUAAAAAAAAAAAUUGAUGAAAGGUGUAGAAAAUACUUAUAAAAACCCAUGUAAAUAGAAUGUUUUAGCAUUUAAUGAAUAGUUUUAUAUAUAUUUAAUAUAUUCAAAACCAAGUUGUAAUAUAUUUAUAGCUAAUGUCUGUGUGUCCAAAAGAUGUUAUCUAUACAUAAUUAUAGAUAUACCACAUUAUUAUUAAUCUAACUUAAGACUAGCACAGCUCGAGCAAUACGAUCGAGAGGCUAGGCAAAAACAGAACCCACAGCAAACGGUGCAGAAUUCAACAACAAUUAAAAUUAGAAUUACAUUUAUAGGAAGAAGAAUCAAUCAAUCAUUCAGAGUGUUAAGAAACUUGCCCAGUUGCAGCCAAUUUACUUACGUAAAGCAUCCCAAACUGAACAGUCUAAUUUUUUCCAAUUUUUACUGCUCCCUCCUCCAUCAUCUUUUACUAUCUUCCUCCUGACCCCAUCCUCCAAUCUCAACUGAGAGAACUUUCUGAUUUUUCGCGUAUUUAUGCGAAAAAUCUAUGAAAGUUGCAAAACAUUUCACUCGCUGUGCUACAAAACCAGAUUUGUGUGUUUGUUGUGCGAAAAAUCAACAGAACAGGAAAACAAACUGAAUUUAUACAUAAAUAUAUUAUUAUAUAUGCAAAAUUAGUAUUAGUUAAAUGAACCUUGAACGUCGCGAACGUUUGGCCAUUUCUUCAUACAAAGUGUGAAGAAACCCAAUCUUAAAAACAAAACAAAAAAAACGUAUAAAAUGAAAAUCGAUGAAAAUAUCGACAGAACACCAAUA